AUGGACGAGCCCUUUCCAUCGGUGGACGCGCCUCAGCCAAUGACGGACUUGUACGGCUUCGAUAUUCCUCACAACGUGGUCGCACAGGCCGUACGCCUCCAGUGCGACGGCGCCGCCCUCCGCGCCGAGCGGGCGUGGGCGCCCUACAUCCAGGAGGGCCGUCUGCCCUCAGAGCACAAGCUCAAAGACAUGGUGCGCCUCGGCGUGCCGCCCACGCUGCGGCCCUGGGUCUGGAUGGAGGCGUCGGGCGCGGCGGCCAAGCGCGCGGCGUUCAGCCCGAGCUACUACACAAGCAUGGCCCUGGCUGGGGAGAAGGAGUCGCCCCACCUCAAACAGAUCGACCAGGACGUGAAGUGUGCGUUCCCAAACCACCCGUGGCUGCAAAGCGAGGAAGGGCAGACAGCACUGCGGCGCGUCCUGGCGGCCUUCUCCCUCCAUAACCCCAAAGUCGGCUACACGAGGCCCCUUAGCCACAUCGUGGGACUGCUGCUGGUGGCCCUCAACCGCAACCAGGAGAGCGCUUUCUGGCUGCUGGCCCAGCUGGUGGAGGGCACCCUCUACGACGGCACCUACUCCCCCAACCUCGUCGGCUGCCAGGUCGAGAUGCGAGCACUGGAAGAUUUGAUGUCCACAAAGCUGCCGCGCCUGGCGGCCCACAUGGCGGCACUGGAGGCGGAUGUCAGCAUCAUCGCCACGGACUGGUACCUAUCGCUGUUUGCGUCCUCCAUGCCCAGCGAGAGCGCAGCCAGGGUGUGGGACGCACUCAUGAACGAGGGCCCAAAGGUGCUGUUCCGGGUAGCGCUGGCGCUGCUGAGCCUCAACGAGGAGCGGCUGCUGGCGUUCGACAAUGCAGGGGAGAUGAUCAUCCACAUGCGCCAGGCGGCGGCCGCCAUGCACGACCGCGACAGGCUCAUGGAGGUGGCGGGCCAGAGCUCAAAGGAGGUCGAGGCGGCGCUGCGGGACAGGCAGUCUGGCGCACGGCCGGCGGCAAACACGGCGCAGCAGCAGGCGGGGCAUGGCGGCGCAGACGAGCUGAGGGAGCUGCGAGAGAAGGCCGGCAUGCUGACGGCGGUGGCGGCGUCCGGCCUGAAGAAGGGCUUCGGGGCGCUCGUGGCCGCGGGCAAAAAGGCGGCGAGCGGCGGCGACCGCAAGGGCAGCGGCGGCGGCGUCCCGGCCGCCUUCGACUGA